UCAGCUCAAACGUCAAUGUCAAACACCGCAAGUUUUGUUUACGUUUCAGUUUCCAAUUAUUCCUUAAUAAAGGCGACUAUUUCCUAAAUACCUUGACAUACUGACGCGUAAUUAAAUUGUGGCAUCAAUACAUAGUUGUAAAAUAAACUAUCUAAUAAAAUGGAGAACUUGAAAAACAUUUGGAAACCGGAAUUAUAUCGAAUACAGAUGGAGGCUCCGAAACCUAAACGUGUGGUUUGCGAUAAUUUAGAGGACAGACCAGAGUUUUACGGUCGCGAGUAUCAUGGUGUAAUGAGUCAUAAGGAAGCGACAGCAAUUCUCGAAAAUGAACCGAAUGGCGCCUUUCUAAUUAGGAAAGGAAGUCAAAAUAAUGAUUUCUAUACGUUAACUUUAAAAUUUGAUGACAAGAUCCAUCAUUACAAGCUAUAUUAUGAUGGUUCACAUUACAUUGGUACGAAACAUUAUGAGACCAUCUAUGACUUGGUGGCGGACGGGCUAGUCACAUGUCACAUGGAACUGAAGGCUCACCACAUUGUUGAAAUGAUCAACUCACGAGCGAGCUACCCAGAGAGUCCAUAUGUUACUCUAAACAGACGCAAACUUAACACUUUAUCAAGAAUGCAACAGACAUCGAACAACUCGAGCCCAAUUAUAAUAAAUACUGAAAGCAAAGUUAUUACUGAAACAGACGGCCUGAAGAAACCUCCGUUUGAUCUCACACCAUCAAUAGAAGACAAUCCAUUAGUAAUGAAGUACUCGAAGUCACAUACAUUUAAAGUACACACAUUCAAAGGUUUGAAUUGGUGUGAGCUUUGUGCUAAUUUCCUAUGGGGGUUCACUGCUCAAGGUGUCAAAUGUGAAGACUGCGGCUUCAUAGCACACUCAAAAUGUUCAGAACGGGUACCAAAUCACUGUGUGCCAGACUUAAAAAAGUUGCGUGGUGUCUUUGGUAUAGACCUGACUACAUUACUGAACGCCCACUCUAGUACGUUGCCAUUCGUCGUGAAGAAAUGUGUGAAUGAGAUAGAAGAUAGAGGCAUGGAUUCUGAGGGGAUAUACAGGGUGUCGGGUUUUGCUGAUGAAAUUGAAGCUUUGAAGCUGGCUUUUGAUCGAGAUGGCGAGGCAGCAGAUUUAAGUGUGUACAGUAACAUCAACGUGGUAGCUGGUACAUUAAAGCUCUACCUACGACUUCUGCCUGUACCGUUAAUCACGUAUGAAGUGCAUCCCAAACUUGUUCAAGCUAUACAGAUGAAAACGCAAGCGCAGCAGAUUACCUCCCUCCGGGAGUGUUUGGACUCCCUCCCGCCCGCACAUUUCAACUGUCUGCAGUACAUGGUCCAACAUUUACACAGAGUAUCCCAACUAGCGGACGUGAACAAAAUGAGUGCCCACAACCUGAGCACAGUAUUCGCCCCUACACUGGUGGCCACACCGCCCGCCAUCACAGACUUAGCGUUCGAGAUCCGCGCUCUACAAAUCUUAAUAGAACACUGUCCACAAAUAUAUUACGGUAACAAGUGAUU